AUGGAGAAUCUUAACUUAGCCCUUGUUUCUUCCCCUAAACCUCUGCUUUUGGGCCAUUCCUCCUCCAAAUACGUCUUCUCAAGAAGAAAGCCUUUCACUUUCGGGACGUUUCGCGUUUCUGCUAACUCUUCAUCCUCUCAUGUCACCACGGCUGCUUCUAAAUCUCACCAAAAUCUAAAAUCUGUGCAGGGGAAGGUGAAUGCGCAUACUUUUGCUAGCAUUUCUUCUUCGAGUAGUCAAGAAACAACAUCAGUUGGAGUUAACCCUCAGUUAUCGCCGCCUCCACCUUCGACUGUAGGGUCACCACUCUUUUGGAUUGGCGUUGGUGUUGGGUUUUCUGCACUAUUUUCAGUGGUAGCUUCAAGAUUAAAGAAAUAUGCAAUGCAACAAGCUUUCAAGACCAUGAUGGGCCAGAUGAAUACACAAAAUAAUCCAUACGACAGUGGUGCCUUUUCCCCUGGAUCUCCCUUCCCCUUUCCAGUGCCUUCAGCUUCAGGGCCUGCUACACCUGCCGGCUUUGCAGGUAAUCAAUCUCAAGCAACUCCUGCACGAACUGCCUCUCAAUCUACUGUCACAGUAGACAUACCUGCAACCAAAGUAGAAGCAGGAGCCCCGGCCCCAGACAUUAAUGUUAAAGAGGAAGUGAAAGUAAAGAAUGAACCAAAAAAAUCUGCUUUUGUAGAUGUGUCUCCAGAAGAAACUGUGCAGAAGAAUGCUUUUGAAAGAUUUAAAGAUGUUGAUGAAUCAAGUUCAUUCAAGGAAGCCCGGGCUCCAGCUGAAGCUUCUCAAAAUGGAACUCCCUUUAACCAAGGUUUUGGCGAUUCACCCAGUUCUCUAUCUACACGAAAAUCAGCCUUAUCGGUGGAUGCUUUAGAGAAAAUGAUGGAGGACCCAACAGUGCAGAAGAUGGUUUAUCCCUAUUUACCUGAGGAAAUGAGGAACCCUUCUACCUUCAAAUGGAUGAUGCAGAAUCCCGAGUACCGUCAGCAACUUGAAGUAAUGCUAAACAAGAUGGGUGGAGGCACUGAAUGGGACAGUCGAAUGAUGGACACCUUAAAGAAUUUCGACCUUAAUAGUCCUGAUAUUAAACGACAAUUUGAUCAAAUUGGGCUUUCUCCAGAAGAAGUCAUUUCAAAGAUUAUGGCCAAUCCUGAUGUUGCGAUGGCAUUUCAAAAUCCCAGAGUUCAAGAAGCUAUAAUGGAUUGUUCACAGAAUCCAAUGAGUAUUACUAAAUAUCAAAAUGAUAAGGAGGUCAUGGAUGUCUUCAAUAAAAUAUCUGAACUCUUCCCUGGGGUUCAAGGCCCCCCUUGA